GCCAGUUGGCAUAGUUAAACAAUAACCACAAGUUUAAAGCAAUAUUUGUCAAUAUGAUGAAAAACAACGGUUUCCAAAGUAAAAGCGACUUUUUCUUUUUUAAUAGAUGGGUUUUAAAGGUGGCUGGGCUAUGGUCACCAGAUAGUAAAAAUAGGCGUAUACAAAUAAUUUACAAAAUGUAUUCAAUUUUUGUAUUUAUAUCAGUGUACUGUUUUUACGUGAUAUCCGAAUUCAUUGCUCUACUCUACACGUACAAAAAUUUAAACGAUUUUACCAAAAACCUUGGUAUAGCCCUAACUAGUUUUAUGGCUACUGAAAAAAUAAUUUUUUGGCAUGUAAACAAAAAUAAAAUACAAGUGAUAGUGAAGCGAUUGGAGGAAGAUCAAUUUAAGUACGAUGAAUGUGAAGAAUUUCACCCGAAGAAUAUUUUUUUCGACUACAAAGUUUCCGGGUUGAAAAUUACAGUGAGUUUUUUAGUUUUUGGUUAUUUAACAUUAUUUUUUGCGUUUAGUGGCCCCAUCGUGGUCACUGUUGUAAAUAUAAUUAAGACAAACUCCUCCGAGGAUUUUUUACAACCCAAUUUUUUACCGUACUAUUCCUGGACCCCCUACAAAUACGACACCCCAAAAAUGUACUUGGUGGCUUUAAUACUACAAGGUUUCAGCAAGUUUUCUACGGUCCAAAGUAUCGUAGGACUGGAUUGUUUGAUAAUUAAUAUCAUGAAUUUUAUUGCCUGUCAUUUCGCGUUGAUUCAACAAGCUUUCCUGAAAAUCACUGAAAGAAAGUUGAACAAAAAGAUUUACUCACAAAAUUUGACACCCAGUGAGCAUCAAAUCAUGGAAAAAGAAAUGAAAGAGAUGUGCAAACACAUACAGAAGUUAUUAGAGUAAGUCGUUUAUGAACAUGUUUGAUAUUACAGAACCAAACUAGGAACCGUGUGGCACACCAACUAAAAAUUUGAAUUUUAGGAUUUGUGGGGACUUGAAUGAAAUUCAACGCCACCUUAUAUUGUUUCAAUCGAUGGCUACUUUGUUUAUUUUGUGUACCAGUUUAUAUAUAACCUUAUCGGUACAAAAAAAAAUAUUUAAAAACUGUUUUUGAUUUUAGUGUUUUUUAGAACCCAUUAUUUACUGACGAAUUUUUCGCGGGAGCUUUAUACUUAUUGUGCAUGGGGUUUCAGAUGUUCAUCCUGUGUUGGUUUGGAAACGAAGUCACUUUAAAAGUAUAACAUACAGGGUGUGUGGGAAUCACGUGACAAAUAUUUUUUAGGCUGAUGAAUUGUCCAUGUAUAUUUGGAGGUCGAAUUGGAUUGCGAUGAGCAAAAACUUCAAAGAUAGCUUGAUUUUCACUUUGCUUAUUUUGAAAAAACCUAUUUACUUUAACAUUGGUAACUUUGGAGCUUUGACUCUUUCAACUUUUGUCAGUAUUGUCAAAACAUCUUAUUCAUUUUUUGCUCUAAUUCAACAAAAAAGUAGAUAA